UUUUUUAGUUUUUAUUCAAGAAAGUUACAUGCUUUAAGAGAUCAGAUGAAUCGUAUUAUGCUUGGAUAUUGAUUGAGAAGAAACAUGCAUGGCUACCCAUGUAAAUAAGAAGAACUUAUGUGGUCCACGACAACUUUAAAAAAAAAAAAAUCUAACAAAUAUUUCUACUGCCAGCAAGUUUUACUUUGAUGAACUGAUGGCUGUCCUCUUCCGACACUUUCUGAACUCCCCACCUCCUUCAUUUUGGUCUUCUUCUUCUUCUUCUUCUUGCCUUCUCCCUGCUUUCAGUCCACCUUCACCCAGACCUCAAAAUUUUGCAUCUCUAGCGUCCUCUUCACCAGCAUCAUCUCCCAUGGACAACACCCCCAAAAAGUUCAUGGAUUUUCCAUUUGUCACUGCCCCACAUAGAAACUUGAUGAUUGAUCUCGUAUCAACGGUGGAGAAUCGUCUAGGGUCUCAGCUCAAACCAUGCACUCUACCUCUUGAUGUACAACAUUACUACAAUCAAAGUGGGACCUCCCAGGGCUCACUUCAUAUCAGAUCAGGCCAUAGCUCUUCCCAGGUUGAUUUUAUUCUAGGAAGUUGGUUACACUGUGAGCUGCCAACAGGUGGAGCACUGAACAUAACAAGCCUUUCAGCAUAUCUCAAGGCUUCCACAGAUGCACCAAAUUUCCUUAUUGAGCUCAUACAGAGUAGCCCUACAUCGCUUGUUCUCAUUCUGGAUUUGCCCCCUCGAAAGGACUUAGUCCUACAUCCAGAAUACCUUCAAACUUUCUACGAGAACACCCAAUUGGACUCACUUAGGCAAACGCUGGAUAAACUCCCGGAAGUUCGACCCUACUACUCUUCAGCUCUUUACAUUCGAUGUCUCACCUCUCCCACAUCAAUUAUGAUCUGUGUUGAUACAGAGGGCGCCAGACCAGGACGCAUAGAGGAGAUCAUAAAGGAUCAUGUGGAUCCUGUGGCAAAAGAAGCAAUAGGGAUAUGGUUGGAUCAAUGUGCUUGUGGACAGAGAAAUGUGGAUGAGGCAGAAAAGUCAUAUUUGGAAAAGAGGGAUGGUUUGAUUAAGAACAAGACCAUUCAGAUUGAUAUCGGCUCAAGCUUUCCAAGAUUGUUUGGGCCUGACAUAGCAGAACGUAUUUUAGGGGUGAUAAGGGAGGCAUAUAAUGGAUGAGUGCUGAAUGUCUGCUUAUUGUUGUACUUUACCUUUAUUCAUUGGUAUAUAUGACCAUGAAAUUUCCUUCCUAUUUGCUAUUUGUCUCUGUUCUAUCGGAUGGUCUAAUUUAAUA